AUGUCAAACAUUACUAUCAACACGGAAUCUGCUUUCACUCUUUUGACAGGGAUCUUUUGGCUUGUGGCUGAACACUUAGACCCAUCGAAAAAAGACUUGGAUCUCCACAAAAAGAUUAUGAUUCUUUUGGGGUCAAAGGACAACACCCCGGUCCUUGAAAAAGACUCAACCCUCUACAUGAGGGGAAAGGCACAAGAAAACGAUCACUCUUCCUCGGCCACCAAGAUAACUGAUGAGUUGACCUCUCUUUCGUCCUCUGUUCUUACUUCCGGACUUGAACGGCUCUCCUCUACCCCAGAACCUGGUUCAUUCUCUCCCACUUCUGAACCUGGUUCGUUCUCUCCUACUUCUGAACCUGGUUCGUUCUCUCACACUUUGGAAUCCCCUCAUGGUAAAUUUUCUCAGUCUCCCUCCCCUCUAGACAUGUCUCAUAAAAACGACCUCUCCAAUUCUCAGAGGGAUUACAUGCAUGAACAUUCGCCACUUUUUCCAAAUGGAGAUGUAACAUACUUUCUCGACAUGAAUGCCGAUGAGGGUCCUUCUGAUACUAAUGUCGGGUGGGCUAUGUUAACAUAUAGUCACAGUGAAGCGAAAAGGGGAGAAAAAAGUAUUUCAAAUCCUGUUUGGGUGUGUAUCAUUGUCCGGCCCCUGGGUGUAUGUGUCACAGUAGACCAAAGCUUCCUCGAGCUGGAAGAAAGAAACAUUGUCUGCCAUUACCUGAAACAAAGACUUGUCCCCUGCACUAAGUCCAGCUCGCCCAUGUGCCCUGCAUGGCUACGUUGUCCAUAG